CGAAAACCGAAAUCGAGCUUUCUCGUUUGUUUCACCGCAGCCAGUAAACCUCACAGGGUGAUUCGUAAAUAUUCUUCGCCGGGAUUUGCUCCUCCCUGUUGAUUCCUCCGCCGAGAGAGAGAGAGAUGGUGUUAUCUCCGGUGGUGAACACGUACCCUUUGUCGAACUACAGCUUCGGGACCAAGGAGCCGAAGCUGGAGAAGGACACCUCCGUCGCCGAUCGUCUCGCUCGUAUGAAAGUCAACUAUAUGAAGGAGGGCAUGAGGACUAGCGUUGAAGGGAUUCUAUUGGUACAAGAGCACAACCAUCCUCACAUACUUCUCCUGCAAAUUGGUAACACAUUCUGCAAACUUCCUGGUGGACGUUUGAAGCCAGGAGAAAAUGAAAUUGAGGGCUUGAAAAGAAAGUUAACCAGCAAGCUUGGAGGUAACUCGCCCGGUCUCAUGCCUGACUGGAAGGUAGGUGAAUGCGUGGCCACAUGGUGGCGUCCGAACUUCGAGACAAUGAUGUAUCCGUAUUGCCCUCCUCACAUCACAAAGCCAAAGGAGUGCAAGAGGCUCUUCAUAGUUCACCUGUCGGAGAAAGAGUACUUUGCAGUGCCGAAGAACUUGAAACUCUUGGCCGUCCCACUGUUCGAACUCUACGACAAUGUUCAGAGAUAUGGACCGGUGAUAUCGACCAUUCCUCAGCAGCUGUCGAGAUUCCAUUUCAACAUGGUUAGUUCUUAAGCCUUUUGGUGGAUCCAUGGAGAGCAAAAACUCUGUUUGGUGGCAAGGGUUCUUUAUAAUCCGAGUAGAGUGUUUAUCUUCAGAGACUUUGUUCGAUAUAUUUAUUUUUAAAAUAAAUUGUUUUUUUUUAAGAUUUUGAGGCAACAUUAUUGAUAUAUUAUUAGAUUUCAAAUUAAACUU